UUUUUUUUUAUUCCAUAGUACGACCACUCAACCCUACAUUCAUUCACACGUACACAUAUCUAUAUAUCUAUAUAUAUAUAUACACCGACCAACUCCCUAAAUAGGAUGGACGAACAAAUAGCUUUAAAAAAUUGGCAAUUGGAAAAUAACAUUGUGGAUACUCAAGACCAACUUUAUUAUUACGAUGCAGAACAAAAUAGAGACCAAGUUAAUCAAAAACCAUGGAAAACAGAUCCUCAUUAUUAUAAACAUGUCAAAAUAUCUGCUAUAGCUUUGAUCAAGAUGGUAAUGCAUUCACGGUCAGGAGGGAACAUGGAGGUGAUGGGACUGAUGCAAGGUAAAGUACAAGGGGAUACUAUGAUUGUAAUGGAUGCGUUUGCGUUACCAGUAGAAGGUACAGAAACUCGCGUUAAUGCACAAAAUGAGGCGUAUGAAUACAUGGUGACUUAUAUGGAACAAAGCAAACAAGUUGGUCGAUUGGAAAAUGUCAUUGGUUGGUAUCAUUCUCAUCCUGGUUAUGGUUGUUGGUUAUCCGGGAUUGAUGUGGGUACUCAAAGUUUAAAUCAACAAUAUCAAGAACCUUUUGUGGCCGUUGUAAUUGAUCCUAAUCGAACCAUGUCUGCUGGCAAAGUAGAAAUCGGUGCUUUUCGAACAUAUCCCAAAGGAUACAAACCAACCGACAGUGAACCUUCUGAAUAUCAAACCAUUCCAUUGGACAAGAUUGAAGACUUUGGUGUUCAUGCAAAAGAAUAUUAUCCUUUAGAGAUUUCCCACUUUAAAUCAUCAUUGGAUAAUCAGUUAUUGGAAGUAUUAUGGAACAAAUACUGGGUACAUACUUUAUCACAAUCUCCUCUUUUGACCAAUCGGGAGUAUGCUAUAAGACAAAUGGCUGAUUUAACACAGAAAUUGGAACAAACAAACUAUGGUAUGUUGGGUCGUAUGGGUGGUUAUUAUGGUGAUCGCAAGAAGAAUGAUCAAAGUCAAUUAAGUAAGGUUACAAAGGAUAGUUCAAAAAUCACCACUGAAGCCAUGCAUGGAUUGAUAUCACAAGUUCUCAAGGAUCUCUUAUUCAACCAACGACAAUGCCAUCAUCCACAUUGAGGUAUUUUUUUUUGGAUUGAUUGCAUAUAGGAUAGUUUUUUCUUUUAGUAGUAUAUUAUUACUUUUGUACAUUUCAAUAAACAAGCUUUUUGGAUGGAAACAUCAGAUAUGGUCAAUCAAAAA